CUGCAGGCCGCCGACGCAGGGCUGGGUUUCCAUUUUUUGCUGCGAGUUUCGGGGAACAACAGUAUGGAGCCGGAGAUGGAGGACAAAACCGUGGAGCUUAUGAACACCUCCGUCAUGGAGUCACAGACAGGGGAUCUCUCCCCCAAGACAACCACAGUGUUCAAGAUCACCAACGGUCCCAUGACGGGCUCACGGAAAAGGCCAUCGGAGGGUAACUACCAGAAGGAGAAGGACGUCUGCAUACAGCUGUUCGACCAGUGGUCCGAAGCGGACCAGGUGGAGUUUGUGGAGCACCUUAUCUCGCGCAUGUGCCACUACCAGCACGGCCACAUCAACUCCUACCUCAAGCCCAUGCUCCAAAGGGAUUUCAUCACAGUACUGCCAGCUCAGGGUCUGGACCACAUAGCGGAGAACAUCCUGUCGUUCCUGGACGCGCGCUCGCUGUGCUCGGCCGAGCUGGUGUGUAAGGAGUGGCAGCGAGUCAUCUCCGAGGGCAUGCUGUGGAAGAAGCUGAUUGAACGCAUGGUCCGCACCGACCCCCUCUGGAAGGGCCUGUCGGAGAGGCACCAGUGGGAGAAGUACUUAUUCAAGAACCGAACGACAGAAGUUCCGCCAAAUUCCUACUACCGCUCCCUGUAUCCCAAAAUAAUCCAAGACAUCGAGACUAUCGAGGCCAACUGGCGGUGUGGGCGGCACAACCUGCAAAGGAUUCAGUGUCGCUCGGAGAACAGCAAGGGCGUUUACUGCCUGCAGUACGACGACGACAAAAUCAUCAGCGGCCUGCGAGACAACUCCAUCAAGAUCUGGGAUAAACAGAGCCUGGAGUGUCUGAAGAUCCUGACGGGACACACCGGCUCUGUGCUCUGCCUGCAGUACGACGAACGGGUCAUCGUCACGGGUUCCUCGGACUCCACUGUCAGGGUGUGGGACGUGAACUCGGGCGAGGUGCUCAACACGCUCAUCCACCACAACGAGGCGGUGCUCCACCUGCGCUUCUGCAACGGCCUGAUGGUGACGUGCUCGAAGGACCGCUCCAUCGCCGUGUGGGACAUGGCCUCGCCCACCGACAUCAGCCUGCGCCGCGUGCUGGUGGGCCACCGCGCCGCCGUCAACGUGGUCGACUUCGACGACAAGUACAUCGUGUCCGCCUCGGGCGACCGCACCAUCAAGGUGUGGAGCACCAGUACGUGUGAGUUUGUGCGCACGCUGAACGGGCACAAGCGGGGCAUCGCCUGCCUCCAGUACCGGGACAGGCUGGUGGUCAGCGGCUCGUCUGACAACACUAUCAGGUUGUGGGAUAUUGAGUGUGGUGCAUGUUUGCGAGUUCUGGAGGGCCACGAGGAGCUGGUCCGGUGCAUACGGUUCGACAACAAGCGGAUUGUUAGCGGAGCGUAUGACGGUAAAAUUAAAGUAUGGGACCUGCAGGCCGCCCUGGACCCCCGCGCUCCGGCCAGCACGCUGUGUCUGCGCACACUAGUGGAGCACUCCGGUCGAGUCUUCAGGCUCCAGUUUGACGAGUUCCAGAUCAUCAGCAGUUCCCAUGACGACACUAUUCUCAUAUGGGACUUCCUCAAUGUGUCAACCAAUGGACAAAAUGAAGGGCGAUCGCCCUCCCGCACGUAUACAUACAUCUCUAGAUAGCAGGGCAGGCCCACUUACGGUCACUGUAUGAAUGUGUGUUCGUGUGUGUGAGAAUGUGUAUGUGUGUGUGUGAAUGUGUAUGUGCGUGUCUGAGAGUGUGUGAGAGGUUAUGUAUGUGUGAGAGGGUGUGUGUAUGUAUGUGUGUAACUGUGUGUGUGUGUGUGUGUGUGAGAGAGAGAGAGAGUGUGUAUGUGUGUGUGUGUGUGAAUCUGCUCGUGCGAAUGCGUGGGGUUUGUCCUGACGACCGAGCCUCUGUGUCAGUAUGCCAGGAUCUGAAGUCGAGGAAAAGAACUCUCUCCCCUCUCGUCUCCUCCACUCCACUCCACUCCUCUCCUCUCGCCUCCUCUCCACGUCUCCAUCCUCCAUCUUCCACCCUACUCCUCCUCCUCCUCCACCCAGGGAGCCGCGCAGUGCACCUCCGCCCACAGAGCCCCUUUACCCCCACUCGACACGCACCCAUCCUGUCCCUGAGCUCAGACGUUUCCCCACCAGUGGAGGAGUGGAAGAGAUGGAGGGAUGGAUGGAUGGAUGGGUAGAUGGAUGGACGGAUGGACAGACUAAAUGGCCUGCUCCUCUCGAACGAGAGACGCCACAGAGAGGAGGAGGAGGAAGGUGUGGAAGGGCAUGGGAGCUCCUCCCCUUCGCGUCCGACAACCAGACUGAGUGACAGAGCUCCCAGUCCCGCCCCCCUUGUAUGGCCCAAAAGACAUUUUUCAGUGGAUCUGUUUUGCUUUUAUUUGUUUGAUUGUUUUUUUUUUUGUUUUGUUUUUUUUGCUUUGUUUUCUUGCCAGAGGUUUUUUUUUCCUGACAGAAGAGAAAAAAAUAUGAUGAAACAGAAAAAAAAAUGGUGGAAGACAUGGAGGAGGGAGGGGGUCUUCCAUAUGGACUUUACUGCAUGAAUGGACGAUUGGACAGUAGUGUGUGCUAGUGCCCCCCUAUUUUUUUUUUGGUCUUUCUUACUUUUUUUAUUCUUUGACUUGUUUUCUUUUUUUAUUUUUAUUUGGGAAAUUUUAAUUUUUUGCUUUCUUUGUCAUAUCGUACUCUAAUAAUUGUAAUUCUGUCCCCCUUUCAGACUUCUACAGUGUCACUCUACUCUACUCUACUCUCCUCUUCUCUUCUCUUCUCUUCUCUUCUCUUCUCUCGCCUGCUCUAUCUCUAUUCUUUGACCUUCCUGUCUUGUCCCAUUUUUGCAGUCUGCUUGUCUAGGUUUCGAAUGACCUAUAAAUGAGCUGAAUUUAGUUGUAAAACAGAGUUGUCUUGUCUAAAAUUGUGUUGUAUAUUGAAAUGAUUUUUUUUAAGAAAAAAAAACACAUUAUUAUUAAUAAUAAUAAAGAUCUUGACUGUGAAGGAGUGUUAAAACACUUGUAGAAGUCAGUUGUGUGAGUGUAUGCGUAUGGCCGUGUGUGUGUGUGUGUGUGUGCGCACGCUAGCCUCUGUCUGGGGUGAGCAUUUGGCAUGCACGAUGUUCUCACUGGUGUGUGUGUGAGUGUGAGUGUGUCUGUGUGUGUAUGUCGUAAGGGUGGAGUGGGUCGAAGUCAUUCAGCCGAUAGAAUGUUGGGGCCUUAAGAGGGUGAUCAACAGUGUUGCAGACGACUUUAGGCCAGACUGCCUAAGCCCUUUUCUCUGUCCUCUCUCUUCCUCUCUUCUUUUCUGUCUUUCUGUGCUUCGUCCUCCCUCAGGUCUUCCCAGGCUCACUUACUAACACAACGCUUUCUACAAAUGCAUAUGUUCUACACGCCCAUGUACAAUCAUAAGUAGUAACUAAUUUAUGUAAAUAUAGUAGAUUUAAUGGAUUACUAGUAUUCUUUACAACAUACUAGUGAAGUCUAUGUGAUUCAUGGACAUUUGAAGACAUUUGAAAGGGUGAAUCACAAUCCUUUUACACUGUGUGACCACUAGGUGGUGCUGAAAUGUUUGAAAAUGUUUUCAAAAAUGCCUGUAGUUCCCUCCUUUUAAACGGCUCAAGGUAGAGAGAUGCUACAAACACAAACAGUGGUUAACCUCCACAUAUCAUUGAUGAAAUAAAUAAUUUUAUUAACAGUA